AUGGUCCAUGGGCCUCCAGCACUCGAGCAAUGCCCCCUAAAAGCACCAUGUGAUGAUGUCAUCUACCCCAAACUCAAGAUGGUGGACCUGCUGCUCUUGAGCUCUGGAGAAAAUGCUAGACAGAGGAAAAUGCUUCCUACUCCCCAUCUUUCUCUGAAGGGUGUAUCUUUUUCUAGUCAUGGGCCCUCAUUGGGAGAAAAUGCCACCAUCAUCUGCAACAGUAAUUUCCCCUUAGAGGGGCUGGACUUCUAUUUGAAGAAAGAUGGCCAGAAUGUAGACAAUGCCACAAUCCAGGUUGGAGGAGUAGCUUCUUUUUCUAUCAUUAAUAUGAGCAGGAAGCAUGGAGGGAUCUACACUUGUUACUAUUGUUACUCCAGCCUGUACUUCUCAAACCAUAGUGCACCUAUGGAGCUGCUGAUAGUAGAUCCUGAGCUAGCCAAGCUCAAUAUCUCCCUAAAGCCUAGCAGGCUAGCGGCUCUGGGAAGCAACAUCACCAUUCAGUUCUGGCUCCGAAUUCCAAUCACAGUGUUCGAAUGUACUGUGGGUCCAUUUAGGAUGAGAAGAUACUUGGCAGAGCCAGCUGAGCGCUGGUUCAUGUUCCCCCUCAACAAUAUCCGCCAGCAUUAUUCAGGGGACUACAGAUGCUGGUACAAACCUGCAGAGGGGUUUUUAAUCUCAUCGAACAGCGACCCUGUGAAUCUGUUGAUAUUUGAUCCCAAGUUAUCCAGUCCCAAAAUCUCCCUGCACUCUAUUGAGAUCCUUGCCCCUGGGCAAAAUAUCACUUUCCAUUGCCAAACCAAAGUGCACACAUCAGGGUUCCAUCUCGAAAAGGCUGGAGAACAGAUGACUUAUCAGGUGAUACACACCUCUGAGCCCAAUGCCACGUUCACCAUCAGCAAUGCAAGCAGGGACCAGGGAGGGACAUACCGCUGCAUGUACCGCUACUACUACUCAUCAGCUGCUAUUUUCUCAGAGCCCAGUGAGCCCGUGGAGUUGCUGAUAACAGAUCCUGAUCUACCCAGGCCCAAUAUCUCCCUGAGUUCGAAUAGGGUGGCAGUUCUGGGGAGCAACAUUACCAUUCAGUGCUGGGCCAAAGGUCCAAUCCAGAGGUUCUUUCUUCAUAAGCUUGGAGGUCAAAUUAUAUCACUUUUAGCACAACCAGAGGGGGAUGCAGCAAAGUUCACCUUCAGCAACGUGGUCCUGGAGCAUGCAGGAAGCUACCGCUGCAGCUACAGACCCCUGCCAGAGUUUUCCAUUGUCUCAGAAACCAGCUGUGAUGAUGUGAAGCUGUUGGUAUUAGAUCCCAGCUUACCUAGACCUGCCAUCUCCAUCAGCCUCAAUGAAUCUGUUGCCCUCGGGAGACAAGCCCAGUUCCGGUGUGAAAUUCAAGAUGGACCCGCCAAGUUCUAUCUUCACAAGGUUGGAGACCAAACAGCAACAUGGCCCAUGAGGUCUGACUUUGAUGUGGGCCAUUUUCUCAUUAGCGAUAUCAGCUGGGAACAUCGCAGGAACUACAGCUGCAGCUAUGCAUUUUCAGAAAGACCUUUUCUGAUCUCAGCACCCAGUGACCCUGUGGAGCUCCUGUUAUCAGAUGCUUGGGCUACAGAUUACACCAAGAUCAAUAUCAUCCGCUUUGCCAUAGGAAGUCUGAUUCUUCUUGUCCUCACAUAUAUGAUGAUUUGGAAUCAGUUCUUCUGAAAGUAACAUGGAAUCAAGUUCCCCAGGCACAUUCUUGAAGGAGAAGAUGGACUCUCACAAGAGCAGGAGAGACAAGCUCGAAAUGUCCCCCUUUCAGCCUUCUUCCUCUCCAGGGUCAAGCUCUGAAGGAAGCAGAGUGGUUUUCGACAGUCAGAAGCUGAAACAGAUUGGCUGAGCAUCCCUGCUAUCAUCAAAAAACACCCCUCCAAUUGCCAGAGCUCAUUUACACUUUUACAAGAGUUUCUCGCUUUAAAAUCAAUUAAUGAUGCUAAUGAAUGGGGAAAUACAUCAAUGUUCGUGCAAUGCUUUAAAAAAGAAUAGAAAGUUGGGCAGUACACCCACAUCAUGGUGGAAAGGGAAGACUAACCAAUGUGUCAGCCUUUGGUUCUCUUGCAUGAACAUCUGUCAGGUCAGUUGCAAGUUGAACUGAUCCUGUAGCAGUGGGACGAGCCAUUAGUUCAUCCUGUAGCAGAGGGACGAGCCAUUUUUCUAUUAUAUUUCUUUCCAUCCCGCAUUUCAAACUUCAGGAGGCAGUGGGUUAUAUGCUAAGAAAUUUAAUCCUGGCUAAGCACCAGUUAAAUCAGUGAGACAACUUACUUGUGGCUACAUUAAGUCCUAUUAAUUCCAAUGGACUAUAGGAGUCCUAACUUCCUUAGAAUACAGCACCAUUAUAGAUCCAUCAGUCUAUUGGUGUCAUGACCCCUGUGUCAGCCUUCUCCUGAUGAGGAUGGAGUCCAAUGGCGGGAUAGAGUUCAAGGCUCUGCUGCUCUAGGAUUCAGGGGACCCCAAACACCCUGAACUCUCACUUCAGCUCAAGGAUCCUCCCUUGCCCUUGUCAUCAUGUUCUGAGAAUGAGGCCUCAGUUCAGUCACUAAUAGUCAAGCCACACACCACUGCCAGUGACUACACAAUAAAGUAUUCCAGGGCAAGACUGUGGUCAGGUUCCAUUUCCCCUUUUGAAAGGUUUCAGUUUGCAGCAGUCCACUGCUGGAUAGACAUUGUUGUAUAAGCUUGGAUACUGCCUGUUGUAUACUGCCUGGAUCCUGCGCUGCUCCUUUGUAGACUUGACUCUCCAGCUCUUAACUUCGGCUUGUUGACUUCAGCUUACACUUUCUCUCUUGUAGCCCUGACUCUCUGGUUCUUGACCUCAGCUUAUGCUUGCUUCUCCAUAGACUGGAUUAUCUGUCUCUUGACCUUGAUGUCAACUUGACCUUGGCUUGUCAACACUAUCCUAGCGCCCUCCAGGUGAGUCCUUACUGGGGUCCCAGCACUGCUCAUCCCUCAGGAGACAUAAUUUUUUGUUUUGUUGCUUUUUUCCCCUUUCCAUUUUUUUUUUUUUGGCAGGAUAACCUGCAACUUGUACAUUCUAAUACAGACCUGUAAUUUGUGUAUCUACUUAUAGGACCAUAGGAAGCUGCCAUAUACUGAGUCAGACCACUGGUCCAUCUAGCUCAGUAUUGUCUUCACAGACUGGCAGCAGCUUCUCCAAGGUUGCAGGCAGGCAUCUCUCUCAGCCCUAUCUUGGAGGAGCCAGGGAGGGAACUUGAAACCUUCUGCUCUUCCCAGAGCGGUUUCAUCCCCUGAGGGGAAUAUCUUGCAGUGCUCACACAUCAAGUCUCCCAUUCAGAUGCAACCAGGGCAGACACUGCUUAGCUAUGGGGACAAGUCAUGCUUGCUACCACAAGACCAGCUCUCCUCCUUCAUGCCUCCUCCUCCUCCUCCUCCUCCUUCUUCUUCUUCUCAUUAUCAUUAUUAUUAUUAAAAGCUGAUGCAUACUUUAAUUAUCAGAUGAACAAAUAAAGCUUUGGCAACU